AUGUCUCCUGGUAAAGCAAUGAUAGGCACUGGUCCCGGUUCAAAUCCUAUUUUUGCAAAUGAUUAUCUUUCUAAUGAUAAAUUUGGGUUGAAUUAUAUUGAUUAUGUAUGGCAUUAUUAUAUAUGCAAGGGUAUAAAAGUUGAUUGCAGUGAGCUUAAAGGGGAUAAAGAUUUUAUGCCAAAACUAAACAAUGGUUAUAUUUUUGAAGGAGAUGUUGAAAGUGAUAAAUUUAUUUUUAGUAAUCAAGGUAAUGAAACUUCAGUUGUAAUUUCUAAACCUGGUUCAAUUUCUUUUUUUGCGGGAGCUCAAGGUAAUUUUGAUUUUCCUAACCAUUCGGUUGGUGCAAUAAUAGUAAGAGCUUUAACUUCAGCUUUUGACGCAGGCUUAUUGCCAUCUGAAGAUGAUGCCCUAUUAAAUCUAGAGUAUUUUAAAUCUAAGAAAAGAGAAUUUUAUAAGCAAAACUCUAAUAUUGAAGAUAAUAAAGGUGGUCCUUGGUAUGAUGUUUAUUCUAAAGCUUUUCAUAGUUUUGAAGGGCAACCAGUUUAUACAUUUGCAUAUGAUGAUGCAUUAGGGCAAGAUGGCACUCUUCAUAAUCCAAAUAAAGAUGCUAUUGGAAAAGUUACGGUAAAAGUUGGUGACUUGUCAGGUUUAAAUAUUCCUAAUCCUUACGAGGAUAGUUCAAAAUAUACAGUUGCAGUCAAUCUUGGUAAAAAUGGUAAUGAAGCAUAUUAUAACUUAGUUUAUAAUGGAGAAAUAAUUGUGCCUGGUUCAAAAACAACAUUAAAAGAUGUAUCUAGUCCUCUCAAAGUAAAGUUUAAUGGAGUAGAUCAAGAAAUAUAUCUAAAGCAUCAUAUGGUAAAACCUUAUAACCCUAUAACUGAUGGAAUAGUAAUUACAAAAAAUAGCCAAGAUGAUUCAGUUACAGUUAAUUUUCCUGGUCCUCCAGCUAAUGUGAAACCUGAAGAAUUAAGUGUUCAAACAGAUCAUGGAGCGCAUGAUGAGCUCUAA